AUGUUUGGAAAUAAUGCGGGGGAUGGGUAUGAGCAAAAUAUGUUUGGAAACAAUGCGGGGGAUGGGUAUGAGCAACAGGGAAAUAGGUAUCAUGAUAUGGUUACAGAUACAUUGCAUGAAGCUGCUAUUCCUGAUAGUAGUAGGGAAGAACCUAACAUAGACGCACAACGAUUUUAUAAUAUGUUAGACGCUGCCAAUGAACCCAUCUACGAAGGAUGUAGAGAAGGGCUUUCUAGAUUAUCACUAGCAUCUAGGAUGAUGACCAUUAAAAGUGAUCAUAAUCUAAAUGAGAAGUGCAUGGAUUCGUGGGCUCAACUCAUUAAUGAGUAUUUACCAGAAGGUAAUCUUGCUGCGGAUAAUUUCUAUGAAAUUCAGAAGCUAGUUGCCGGUCUUGGUCUACCAUCUGAAAUGAUUGAUGUAUGCGUUGACAACUGCAUGAUUUACUGGAAAGAUGAUGAAAAACUGACGGAGUGUCGAUUUUGUCAAAAGCCAAGAUAUCAAGAAACCACAGGAAGGAAUCCUGUGCCGUACAAACGUAUGUGGUACUUACCGAUCACAGAUAGAUUGAAGCGUUUAUACCACUCAGAAAGGACAGCCGCGUCGAUGAGAUGGCAUGCCCAACAUUCGGUGAAAGAUGGCGAGAUUACACAUCCCUCAGAUGCAAAGGCAUGGAAACCCUUUCAAACUGUAUAUUCCGACUUUGCGAGUGAGUUUAGAAACGUUUAUCAUGGCUUAUGCACGGAUGACUUUAGUCCAUUUGGUAUGUCUGGAAGGCAAUACUCUUUAUUGCCUGUCAUCUUGACGCCAUACAAUCUCCCUCCGGAGAUGUGCAUGCAAAGAGAAUUUUUGUUCUUGAGUAUUCUAGUGCCUGGUCCAAAACAUCUAAAGCGAGCACUUGAUGUUUUUUUGCAACCUUUGAUCCAUGAGCUGAAGAUGUUCUGGCAUUAUGGCGUGAAGACAUGGGAUUACUCGCAGCAACAGAACUUAUUGCAAUCAGAAGCAUCUUUGUUAGAGCAGAUUGAUUAUUACGGUGCUAAGGAAACAUGUAAAGUUGGAGGAAAUUGGCACACUCCACCUACCAUGCCAGACGGGUAUACGGCAUCUCAUAAUUGGCAUAAGAAGAGCAUAUUUUGGGAACUUCCAUAUUGGAAGGAUCAUCUCUUAAGGCACAACCUUGAUGUGAUGCACAUAGAGAAGAAUGUUUUUGAGAAUAUCAUGAACACUUUUUUGGAUGUGACGGGAAAGAGUAAAGAUAAUUUGAAAUCGAGGUUGGAUUUGCCAGAGUUAUGUGCAAGACCAGAGCUGCAUGUGACAAGAGAAGGAAAAUUACCAGUUCUGAAUUUUAGAUUGCCUGGGGUGGCGAAGCAAAAGUUGUUUGACUGGCGGCUCCUACCGUUCGCAAUGACAGAGCUAUUAGCAAAACAUGUCCAUGAAGCAAUAGCCGGAGUUGGAGCAUUUUUAGGGAUUUAUGCACUCGAACAUUGA